ACAGCAGCACGAUGGCGCCUGUUCGGCCACAUUUUGCGCCGGCCCGAGAUCCCAGCGUACACCCAGAUGGCUGCCUACUUCGACUCGUCGUCCAACGGAGCCUGGCGGGGACGCCCACACACGAUACUACCGACUAGGGCAAUCAUCGCCGCACUGCCGGCGAAGAAGGACCCGACGUAUGCGGACACCACCUUAUGCCGUCGACUAGCAAAGCUGAGUCUAGCGAAAACAUAG